UUUGUCGUAUACAUGUAUUAUUUCUUUAUGCAUUAACCGAUUUUGAAGCUGCCUCUGUCUCUCUCACCCGAUCAUCUCCUGCUCCACCAUCGCUUGCAUCACUCAACUGAAAACCAUGGCGGACAAAGCCGUUACCAUCAGGACCAGGAAGUUCCUCACCAACCGCCUGCUUUCACGAAAGCAAUUCGUUGUCGAAGCUAAUCAUCCUGGGAAACCAAAUGUUUCUAAGUCUGAGCUUAAGGAGAAGCUGGCAACAAUGUAUGGAGCAAAGGACAACACUGUGUUUGUCUUUGGAUUACAAACAAAUUUUGGAGGUGGCAAAUCUACUGGUUUUGGUUUGAUUUAUGAUUCAGUUGACAACGCAAAGAAGUACGAGCCCAAGUACAGACUUAUCAGGAAUGGCCUUGACACAAAAGUAGAGAAGUCAAGGAAGCAAAUGAAGGAGAGAAAGAAUAGAGCUAAGAAGAUUCGUGGUGUAAAGAAGACCAAGGCUUCUGAUGCUGCUAAGGCUGGAAAAAAGAAAUGAGUGUUGAGACUUCCUGUUUUUGUUUUAUUUACUAUUAUGCUUUCAGAGUUUUUUAAUGCCUAUUUCAUCUCGUGAUAGGUCUAUAGAAUGAGAUAUUUUGGUACAAGGGUUAAUCCUUGUUUUGCUACCACAGAAGGCUUUAAGUAAAUCUGUACCAGAAUUGACAAUUUUCUAUUUCUCUUAUUUACUUUCCCUCUCGACUUCAAAAUUUAGUAGAUUGGAAGCAACAUUGCCUCGCAACAUGGUUAUGCCUUUUUUUUUUUAUAUAGAUCAGAUUAUGCUUUAUGGUUACUAGAAAAAUAAGAUUGUUAUAUCAAAACAUUAUGAUGCAACUUUAGGGGCUGAUGAGUGAUGAAUGUGCCAAUGUUCCUCGUUA